AUGACUAAUGAAAAACAUAAAUCUGAAGUGAUUUCCCUCAUUGAUGAACUAAUGUCCGAAAUAGAUCUUAAACCUCUUCACCCAAAAAACAAAAUUUUACUUUACAGUCGUUAUGUUUUGUCGAAGCUAUCCUGGCAUUUUACUGUUGCUACGAUAUCUAAAACUUGGGUAGUCGAAAAUAUCGAUUCUUCGGUGAACAAGUACAUCCGAAAAUGGCUGGAAGUACCUAUAUCUGGAACACUAAGUAACGUUUUUCUAACCCGUAAUAAGUUUGGUCUAAAUAUCCUCCCUGCAUCAGUCAAAUUCAUUCAGUGUCAAACAGUUCUACGCAAUGCCCUGAAAACAUCUCCAAACGAUUCAAUAAACGAACUGUGGAAGUCAACUAAUAAUCAUACUAACAUUCAAUACGAUAGCUACAACUCAACUAAAGAAGUUUUAAAAACUUUCCAUUCUCAACAAGAAAAUAAACUUAGGAACUGUUUGAAAUGUCAAGGUUCCUUUUUCGAAAAUGUUUCUAAAUUCUCGCUAUCACAACUUAACGCAAUCUGGUCGGUAGCGCAAUCAAAGCUACCAAAGAACAUUUUCAACUUUACAAUUCGCUAUAUAAAUAAUACCCUUCCUACACGAAAGAACCUCAGUAGAUGGGGAAUUUCAUCAAGUUCUGACUGCUCGUUCUGCUUACACCCUGAAUCACUUCUACACGUUGUUGCCGGUUGUCAACAUUACCUGGAACGAUUUACUUGGAGACACGAUUGCAUACUAAACUUUCUUGCUAAAACUUUUCAAAGUUUAAACGAAUGCAAAUUACAUGUUGAUCUUCCUGGAUUUGAAAGCCCCUCGAUUAUUACGGGAGAUGAAUAUCGUCCUGAUUUACUUUUCUCCACUUCAGACAAACACCUCUACGUCGUUGAACUUACCGUAGGCUUUGAAUCAAACCUCACAAACAAUGUUAACCGCAAGAAAGCUAAAUAUAAAAACCUAAUUAGAGAACUGGAUCAAAACUUUACAUCUGUCAAAUUUAUAAAUCUUUCUGUCAGUUCGCUAGGAGUGUUUGACAAAGAAUGUCAUACAUUCGUAAAAAUGCUAAAUGAGUUAGGACUGGAUAAUCAACACCAACAAUAUUGUAUCAGAAAAAUUAUAUCUAUUGCCAUCCGAUCAACGUACUACAUAUUUUGCUGUAGAAAUAAAGAAUGGACAAAUCCCGAACUAAUGAACAUUUAA